AUGUCUGUCGCUAGAACUGCUGGUCUCGCCCUCGCCUCCGCGGCCAUGGCUUCGGCCCACGGCUUCGUCCAGGGAAUUGUCGCCGACGGCUCGUACUACGGAGGAUACCUCGUCAACAACUACCCCUACAACCCCAGCCCUCCCGAUGUUGUCGGAUGGUCUGAGCAGGCCAAGGACCUGGGCUUCGUCGAGCCCAACAGCUACACCGACCCCGACAUCAUCUGCCACAAGGAUGCAAAGAACGCCCAGCUCUCUGCUGCGGUCAAGGCUGGAGGCGAGGUUGAGCUGCAGUGGACCGAGUGGCCCGAGAGCCACCACGGCCCCGUCAUCGACUACCUGGCCAGCUGCAACGGCGACUGCGCGACCGUCGACAAGACCACCCUCGAGUGGUUCAAGAUCAGCGAGAGCGGUAUCGUCGAUGGCAGCAGCACCCCCGGCACCUGGGCCUCCGACGAGCUGAUCGCCAACAACAACAGCUGGACCGUCACCAUCCCCAGCAGCAUCGCCGCGGGCAACUACGUCCUCCGCCACGAGAUCAUCGCCCUGCACUCCGCCGGCCAGGAGAACGGCGCCCAGAACUACCCCCAGUGUGUCAACCUCAAGGUCACCGGCGGUGGCAGCGACAAGCCCUCCGGUGUUGUCGGAACCGAGCUCUACACUCCUUCCGACGAGGGUAUCAAGUUCAACAUCUACGCUCAGGUUGACUCCUACCCCAUCCCCGGCCCUGCUCUCUACUCUGGCGGCUCCUCCGGCGGCAACGGUGGCGGCAGCGCUCCCACCUCCAGCGUCCCUGUCAUCCCCACCUCCAGCUCCGGUGCUUCUUCCACUCCUCUUGCUCCCAGCUCGACUGCCCAGGUUUCCCCUGCCACCGGUUCUGGCUCUGACAGCGGCUCUGACUCUGGCUCCAGCUCUGGUUCCAGCGGCUCCAGCUCUGGCUCUGCUGAGCUCCCCACCGACAGCGCUAGCCUCACUGAAUGGUUCAACUCUCUCAGCGCCGAAGAGUUCCUCAGCUACCUGAAGGCCACCUUCUCUUGGUUGGUCACCGACAAGGUCCACGCUCGUUCCCUCGAGUAA